CCCAGUCGCUCCCAGUGCGCCACGAGGAAAGCGCACCCGCUGCGUCUCCGUGCCGGGACACCAGCCGAGCCGCCCUCGCCGCUGCCUCGUCCGUGGAGCCGCUGAGCUUCGCUUAGGCGGAAUCUACGAGUGCCGCGCCCGAGGGCACUGCCGGCUCCAGGGAAGGCGCCGCCCGCAAGGACACCUCUCCGUCCCGCCUGGUCCGCUACUCCGGCCCUCGUCGAGCCCCACCACGCGAGCUGCGAGUCCCGACGUCUCUGGGCGCGCGGGCGCAGCCGGCCCGAGCGAGUCCCUCUGCGGCAUCCCCCUUCCCACCCCCGCUCAGAGCCAACUCCAGCUCGGACCUGGGACUCUCGACGCCGACUGUCAACUACUUCUCACCUCGGGGCUGUGCCUUCCUGCCCGCCCGCGCGUUCUCUCACUGUCCUCCUCCUCCGCUCAGGACGGGGGUGCCAAGAUGCCCCGCUGCUGCCCAGGGCCCUGGGCCGCCCCCGACGUGUGACCCCAGCCUGGUCCCCCUGCUCGGCCGCCCGCCGUCCCCUUGGAGACCCUCGGCUCGGCCCCCGGGGGAGGAGGAAGACGACGAAGAGGCCGAGGGGGUGAUGUCCGGCUCCAAAAGCGUCAGCCCCCCGGGCUACGCGGCGGCGCAGACAGCGACGGCGCCGGCAUCCCGGGGAGGCCCCGAACAUCGCUCAGCUUGGGGGGAGGCCGAGUCCCGCGCCAAUGGCUACCCCCACGCCCCCGGGGGUUCUACCCGCGGCUCCACCAAGAAAUCAGGGGGGCCGGUGACCCCGCAGCAGCAGCAGCAGCGCCUGGCCAACCGCUGGCGCGGGGGCGGCGAGGACGAGGAUGAGCCCCCGCUGGGCGGCGACGACCCCCUGGUCGGGGGUUUCGGCUUUAGCUUCCGCUCCAAGUCCGCCUGGCAGGAGCGCGGCGGUGACGACUGCGGUCGCGGCAGCCGGCGGCAGCGGCGGGGCGCGGCCAGCGGGGGCAACUCGCGCGCGCCCCCUUCAGGCGGUGGCAGCUCGGCAGCGGCGACCGAGGCGGCCGCGAGCGGCACGGAGGUGCGUCCGCGGUCGGUGGAGCUGGGCCUGGAGGAGCGGCGAGGCAAGGGCCGCGCGGUGGACGACCUGGAGGCCGGCGCCGUCGAAGGCGGCGAAGGGUCCGGGGACGGCGGCGGCGGCGGCGGCGGCAGCUCGGCGGGCUCCAGCACGGGGCCUGGCGGCGCGACGCUGUCACUGGGCGCCUGUUGUCUGGCCUUGCUGCAGAUUUUCCGCUCCAAGAAGUUCCCAUCCGACAAGCUGGAGCGGCUGUACCAGCGUUACUUCUUCCGCCUCAACCAGAGCAGCCUCACCAUGCUCAUGGCAGUGCUGGUGCUCGUGUGCCUCGUCAUGCUGGCCUUCCACGCGGUGCGGCCCCCUCUCCAGCUGCCCUACCUGACCGUGCUGGCGGCUGCCGUGGGCGUGAUCCUUGUCAUGGCCGUGCUCUGCAACCGCGCAGCCUUCCACCAGGACCACAUGGGCCUGGCCUGCUAUGCGCUCAUCGCCGUGGUGCUGGUCGUGCAGGUGGUGGGCUUGCUGCUUCCGCAGCCGCGCAGCGCCUCGGAGGGCAUCUGGUGGACCGUGUUCUUCAUCUACACCAUCUACACGCUGCUGCCCGUGCGCAUGCGGGCUGCGGUUCUCAGCGGGGUGCUCCUGUCUGCGCUGCACCUGGCCAUUGCCCUGCGUACCAACGCCCAGGACAAGUUCUUGCUCAAGCAGCUGGUCUCCAACGUGCUCAUCUUUUCCUGCACCAACAUCGUGGGCGUCUGCACCCACUAUCCCGCCGAGGUCUCCCAGAGGCAGGCCUUCCAGGAGACCCGUGAGUGCAUCCAGGCACGGCUCCACUCACAGAGGGAGAACCAGCAGCAGGAGCGGCUCCUGCUGUCCGUCCUUCCCCGCCACGUUGCCAUGGAGAUGAAAGCAGACAUCAAUGCCAAGCAGGAGGAUAUGAUGUUCCAUAAGAUCUACAUCCAGAAGCACGACAACGUGAGCAUUCUGUUUGCUGACAUCGAGGGCUUCACCAGCCUGGCAUCCCAGUGCACUGCCCAGGAGCUGGUCAUGACCCUCAAUGAGCUCUUUGCUCGCUUCGACAAGCUGGCUGCGGAGAAUCACUGUUUACGCAUUAAGAUCCUGGGGGAUUGCUACUACUGCGUCUCGGGGCUGCCCGAAGCCAGAGCCGACCACGCCCACUGCUGUGUGGAGAUGGGCUUGGACAUGAUCGAGGCCAUCUCGUUGGUCCGGGAGGUAACAGGCGUGAACGUGAACAUGCGUGUGGGGAUUCACAGCGGCCGGGUACACUGCGGUGUCCUGGGCCUGAGAAAGUGGCAGUUUGACGUCUGGUCCAAUGACGUCACGCUGGCCAACCACAUGGAGGCUGGCGGCAAGGCAGGACGCAUCCACAUCACCAAGGCCACACUCAACUACCUGAACGGCGACUACGAGGUGGAGCCAGGCUGUGGGGGCGAACGCAAUGCCUACCUCAAGGAGCACAGCAUUGAGACCUUUCUCAUCCUGCGCUGCACCCAGAAGCGGAAAGAAGAGAAGGCCAUGAUUGCCAAGAUGAACCGCCAGAGAACCAACUCCAUUGGGCACAACCCGCCACCCUGGGGGGCCGAACGCCCCUUCUACAACCACCUGGGCGGCAACCAGGUCUCCAAGGAGAUGAAGCGAAUGGGCUUUGAAGACCCCAAGGACAAGAAUGCCCAGGAAAGUGCAAACCCCGAAGAUGAAGUGGACGAGUUUCUGGGCAGGGCAAUUGACGCCAGGAGCAUCGACAGGCUGCGGUCGGAGCAUGUCCGCAAGUUCCUUUUAACCUUCAGGGAGCCUGACUUAGAGAAGAAGUACUCCAAGCAAGUGGACGACCGCUUUGGUGCCUACGUGGCAUGUGCCUCGCUCGUCUUCCUCUUCAUCUGCUGUGUCCAGAUCACCAUCGUGCCCCACUCCAUGUUCAUGCUGAGCUUCUACCUGGCCUGUUUCCUGCUGCUGACCUUGGUGGUGUUUGUGUCUGUGAUCUACUCGUGCGUGAAGCUCUUCCCAAGUCCGCUGCAAACCCUGUCCAGGAAGAUUGUGCGCUCCAAGAUGAACAGCACCCUGGUUGGAGUGUUCACCAUCACCCUGGUCUUCCUGUCGGCUUUCGUCAACAUGUUCAUGUGUAACUCCAAGGACCUGCUGGGCUGCCUGGCAGUGGAGCACAACAUCAGCGCAGUCCAUGUCAAUGCAUGCCACGUGGUGGAGUCAGCCUUGAACUACAGCCUGGGAGAGGAGCGGGGCUUCUGCAGCAGCUCGAGGCCCAACUGCAACUUCCCCGAGUACUUCACCUACAGCGUGCUGCUCAGCCUGCUGGCCUGCUCCGUGUUCCUGCAGGUCAGCUGCAUUGGCAAGCUGGUGCUCAUGCUGGCCAUUGAGCUCAUCUACGUGCUCAUCGUCGAGGUGCCCGGAGUCACGCUCUUUGACAAUGCCGACCUGCUGGUCACCGCCAACGCCAUAGACAUCAGCAACAACGGGACCGCCCAAUGCCCGGAGCAUGCGACCAAAGUGGCACUGAAGGUGGUUACGCCCAUUAUCAUCUCCGUCUUUGUGCUGGCCCUGUACCUGCACGCCCAGCAGGUGGAGUCCACCGCCCGCCUGGACUUCCUCUGGAAACUGCAGGCCACCGAGGAGAAGGAGGAGAUGGAGGAGCUGCAGGCCUAUAACCGGCGCCUGCUGCACAACAUCUUGCCCAAGGAUGUGGCCGCUCACUUCCUGGCCCGCGAGCGGCGCAAUGAUGAGCUCUACUACCAGUCCUGCGAGUGCGUGGCCGUCAUGUUCGCCUCCAUCGCCAACUUCUCCGAGUUCUAUGUGGAGCUCGAGGCCAACAACGAGGGUGUUGAGUGCCUGCGGCUGCUCAAUGAAAUCAUCGCUGACUUUGACGAGAUCAUCAGCGAGGACCGCUUCAGGCAGCUGGAGAAGAUCAAGACCAUCGGCAGCACCUACAUGGCCGCCUCGGGCCUCAACGACUCCACCUACGACAAGGUGGGCAAGACCCACAUCAAGGCUCUGGCCGACUUUGCCAUGAAGCUGAUGGACCAGAUGAAGUACAUCAAUGAGCACUCCUUCAACAACUUCCAGAUGAAGAUUGGUCUCAACAUUGGCCCCGUGGUGGCCGGGGUGAUAGGGGCUCGCAAGCCUCAGUACGACAUCUGGGGCAACACGGUGAAUGUGGCCAGCCGUAUGGACAGCACUGGUGUGCCUGACCGCAUCCAGGUCACCACGGACAUGUACCAAGUGCUGGCCGCCAAUACAUACCAGCUGGAGUGCCGGGGUGUGGUCAAGGUCAAGGGCAAAGGCGAGAUGAUGACGUACUUCCUGAAUGGAGGGCCCCCGCUCAGUUAGCAGCGGCCA